AUGGCUGGCGGUAAGGCUGGAAAAGACUCCGGAAAGGCCAAGACAAAGGCGGUUUCCCGCUGGAAGCGAGCCGGUUUGCAGUUCCCUGUGGGCCAUAUUCAUCGACACCUGAAAUCUAGGACAACCAGCCACGGACGUAUGGGCGCGACCGCAGCUGUGUACAGCGCAGCCAUCCUGGAGUACCUCACCGCAGAGCUCGCUAUUCGUGGAGGUGAAGAAAUGGACUCUCUGAUCAAGGCUACAAUUGCUGGUGGUGGUGUCAUCCCGCACAUCCACAAGUCUCUGACUGGGAAGAAGGGACAACAGAAGACCGUCUAA